ACAUUAUGCAUAUUUUGCACCAAGCCUCUUAGAUAGAAAAGAGAAGAAUAGAGAAGAAAGAGAGAUCAAGGACCAAAAAUGGAGUAUGGAGAAGAAGAGUUCCUGGCCUGCUGUGGGAGCACUAGAUUCGCCCAUGAAUUGGCGAAGGUCUCUCCUUUCUCUUCUCUUCAGGAAGCCAUCGCCGCCGCACGAGAUGUCUGGUUCAACAAGGUCGACGUCAAUGGCUGGCUCCAAGCUUUCUCUGCUCAUCCUCAGAUUGGACACUCUCCUUCUCCUUCGUCUUCGUCUUCUUCAGCUCAUUCCACUAGUGCUCAGUGGAGUAAGGGCGAGCAGUCGACUGCUUUAGCUACUGCUACUAGCUCCAGCUUACAGGAACUUUAUGAAUGGAAUGCUCGCUAUAGGGAGAAGUUUGGGUUCGUUUUUCUUAUAUGUGCUUCUGGAAGGAGCACUGAUGAAAUACUUGAUGAAUUGAAGAAACGUUAUCCAAACAGGCCUAUAAUUGAGUUUGAGAUUGCAGCUGAGGAGCAGAUGAAGAUAACAGAGCUGCGACUUGCGAAGCUCUUUUCAACUAAAGCAAAAGUUUCUUCAACAGGUGAUCAGUUUCCUGAAACUGCCUCAAAGAAAGCAGAAGAUCGUGUGAGCAUUAUUGGAGGGCAUCUAACUGCUACUGUUUCAGACGCUUCAGUUGGGAAAACAAGUGCAAGCCCAAAUCCAACUCGAACACGUCCACCCAUUACGACUCAUGUCUUGGAUGUUUCUCGGGGAUCUCCAGGAGCUGGUAUUGAGGUACACUUGGAGAUUUGGAAGGGCCCUCAGCCUCGCCCCUUAUUUGGAAAGGCAGACACGGGUGGUUGGGCAUUUCUGGGGUCUUCUAUCACAAAUAAUGAUGGACGAAGUGGUCAGUUGAUGAGCAUAGUUGAUGCUGUGAACCCAGGAAUAUACAGGAUAAGCUUCAACACAGGUAAGUACUGCCCAUCAGGGUUCUUUCCAUAUGUUUCGAUUGUCUUUGAAAUCAAAAAAUCACAGGAGCAGGAACAUUUUCAUGUUCCGCUGCUGCUGUCUCCAUUUUCAUUCAGCACUUAUCGUGGGAGUUAGAACUUUUGUUGCAACUUUUCUCUUAAGUCCUUGAACUUUGUUGACAACAUCAAAACUAUUGGCUUUGUAAAUGCUGAUGCAAAUCAUAAGGGACAUGGUUCCUAAGGCAAUAAACAUGCUUGUCUUGUAAUGUUAGUCCUAAGGAUUAUGUGAUCUGGACGGUCUCAUGUAAAUUCGCUCCAUUCAGUCUAUCAUUGUAAGUCUAUGAUAAAAGUGAUGUUAAGUAGCAUAGGAGAGCAAACUAUAGCUUCACAAUACAUAAUGAUUCGGAGUUAAAAGCAAA